AAUGACAAAACAGAAACUGCUGCUUGAUGGGACAUUCUCCUUGUUUCUGAUCGUGGCCUGUGAAGCUCAGCAGCUCCCGAGGAGUCAUGUUGCUGCUGGUUCUGGUUCUCUGUGUGAUAAGGAGGCAGAGUCCUGGGGACACCUGUUCAGCAGCGAGCGGCUGGAUGCUUGGAUCUGCUCCCUCAUCGGUUCCUUCAUGGUGGGGCUCAGUGGGGUCUUCCCCUUGCUGGUGAUCCCCCUUGAGACGGGAGCUGCGCUGCGGUCAGAAGCUGGUUCGCACCGUUUGAAGCAGUUGUUGAGUUUUGCAAUUGGUGGACUACUGGGAAAUGUGUUUCUCCACCUCCUUCCUGAAGCCUGGGCCUACACAUGCAGUGCAACAACAGGAGAAGGGCAGAGCUUUCAGCAGCAGAAGCUCCUGGGUCUCUGGGUGAUCAUUGGUUUCCUGACCUUCCUGGUGCUAGAGAAGAUCUUCCUAGAGAAAGAGGAGGAGUAUCCUGGUGUGGACUGUGAUUCCAAAGUCCCAUCUGGAAAGAUUCCCAAUGGAAGUGGUUGCCCCCUGCCCAAGGGGUCCAGUCAGUCCCAAAGAGCACAAGCUCAGUGUAAUGGCUCCUCUUUCCAGUCUGGUCCAAAAAACAACAGAAUCAAGAUUAGUGGAUACCUCAAUCUGCUGGCCAACACCAUUGAUAACUUCACACAUGGCCUGGCAGUAGCAGCCAGCUUCCUGGUUAGCAGAAAGGUUGGGUUCCUAACCACAAUGGCCAUUCUCCUGCAUGAAAUCCCACACGAGGUUGGAGACUUUGCAAUCUUACUUCGAGCUGGCUUUGACCGCUGGAGUGCAGCCAAGAUGCAGCUUUCCACAGCUCUGGGGGGAAUUCUUGGAGCCUGCUUUGCAAUAUGUGCUCAGUCACCAAAAGGAGCAGGAGAAACAGUAGCCUGGAUCCUCCCUUUCACUUCUGGAGGAUUUCUGUACAUUGCCUUGGUAAAUGUUGUGCCUGAUCUCCUGGAGGAAAAGAAUCCUUGGAAUUCCCUGCAGCAAAUUCUGCUCCUGUGUAUGGGCAUUACAGUCAUGGUGCUACUUGCGCUCACAACUGAGUGA